AUGAGCGUUAAUAGAAUCCCUGUAGAGGUUAAAAGCUCUAGAAAAUCUAUAUUAAUCAAGAUCUACCAAUACUAUAGAUUGAGUUGCGCGUUUUUGUUUCUAGCACUUUUUGCCCGAUGGCUAGUAUUAUUCCCUUUAGUGAGCAGUAAAUGGUUGCCGGGGGGUAUACAUGGAUUUUUAACAUAUCUACUAGGUUUAAGUGCCGUUGGUGAGAUACUUUGGGUAUUAAGAUAUCAUGGUAUUGUUGGUGGACUAAAGACUGGCACCUUUUGGAAGAGUUGUAACUUUCUUUACUUUGUUAUGGCUAUGCAUUUCUAUGAUGACUAUGAACAUGCUCCUAUACUGAAGGAUCUGAGUUAUUCUAUAUUUAUUGUGAGUUUAGCAUUAAACCAGGCUUAUUUUCAUUAUCGUAAGCUCUUUAAGAGCACUGGGAGUCGGAGAUCGUUGUGGCGUAAAAUAGAUAUGUUUGCAUUGCUGCCGGCACUAUACGCCAGUGAGUUUUACUUGCUGCUAUUAAAUGUUCAGAACCAUAAUUUCCAUACGUCCCCAGGGUUGGAUAAACUUAACAAAGCCGUUCUAAUUGCAUAUAUCCCGGUAGCUCUACAUUGCUAUAAGGUACAGUUACAGGCCUUUCAACGGGAGUAG